AUGAUAAAGAUUUGGUUCUUGAUCAAAUUCGUCGAGGCCGUUUUGUGUCUCACUUGUUUGGUGAUUCACAUCUUGGGCUUCCUCUACAAGCACGAGCCUCAACCUCACCAGUUCAUCUUCUGUGGAACAUUCUUUGGCGCUCUGCUUGUGUCACUGAUCGGGGCAAUAAGUAUUCUCAUUCGCAAUGAGAUUACGAUGGUGUCGGAAGUCAUCUUGACUGGCUUCUUCUUCAUCCUGUUCAUCGCCUCGGCGAUCGUGUCGAUGGCGAAUGCUGAGAAGGACAUUCAUUUGCUCUUCCUCACAGACGCCGAAGAGACUUGGCAUGACUACUUCCGGUUCAGUCGCAUGCAGAGUUUAUUGGCUCUCACGACAUCCUUGAUCUUCCUGCUGCAUUGCAUUUACUGCCUCGAUUUGCUGCUGGUGACCACAGAUGUCAAGCCUCCUGAACAAUCUCUCUCGGUCCUGGAACGACGAGACUUGGACGCCAUUCGACCUCUAAAACUAAGAUUGAACUUCGCCGACUGGUUUUAUACCAAAUUCAAAGGAUUCCGAGCGCCAAGGGAUCAAGAAAGCAUAGAGAGUUUCUGA